UAUCAUUCUCUCCACAACCAUCUCAUUCCUCUCCCCCCUCCCCAAAGGUGGGUGCUACACACUCCAUUUCAUCCAUGGAGAUUGUUACAGAGUCAUCAAUAUCCCACCCAGAGAAACUGUGGGGGCAUGUCCGUCGGCGAUGCAGCUUGUUCAAGGAUAAGAUGAUCAAGUUUGGAAAAGGGAUGGUGAAGAUUGGGAAAGAUGAUCCUAGAAAGGUCUUUCACUCCCUUAAAGUUGGACUCUCACUCACUUUGGUUUCCUUACUAUACUACGCUAGGCCGCUGUAUGAUGGUUUCGGGGCUGCUGGGAUGUGGGCUGUGCUUACAGUUGUGGUGCUCUCUGAGUUCACAGUUGGUGGGACUUUGUGCAAAGGGUUGAACAGAGGUUUUGCAACACUAUCUGCUGGUGCUCUAGGACUUGGAGCUCAGCAAUUGGCUGCUCUAUUUGGAGACCAGGGAGAGCCCAUUGUGCUUGGAAUCCUUGUUUUUUUGUUAGCUUCAACCUCGACAUUCAUGCGAUUCUUUCCAAGGAUCAAGGCGAGAUACGACUAUGGAGUCAUGAUCUUCAUCUUGACAUUCGCCUUGGUAUCGGUAUCAGGUUACCGGGUUGAUGAGCUUUUGACUUUGGCACAGCAGAGACUGACAACCAUCAUAAUAGGGGUGGCAACAUGCAUGGUUGUGUCCAUUUUCAUUUGCCCUGUAUGGGCUGGUGAAGAUCUUCACAACUUGGUUGCUUCUAAUAUCGAAAAGCUCGGAUGCUACCUCGAAGGAUUUCCAGUUGAGUAUUUCCAGUCCCCUGGAGAUGGAGAAAAUGAUGUUGCUGGCAAAGCCAAGCCAUGUCUACAAGGAUACAAAAGUGUUCUCACUUCCAAGUCCACUGAAGAAACCCUGGCAAAUCUUGCAAGAUGGGAGCCGAGACACGGCCAGUUUAAAUUGAAGCAUCCAUGGAAUCAAUACUUGAAGACUGCAGCUUUGGCACGACAUUGUGCUUACCAGAUUGAAGCUCUUAAUGGCUACAUUCACUCUGGUUUCAAAGCGCCAAAAGAGUUCCAGAACAAGACAAAGGAAAUAUGCACAAGGAUGAGUGAAGAAUCAGGAAUGGCACUGAGAUUAUUGGCUACUUCUAUGAAAUCGAUGACUGAUCCUUCUCCAGCAGUUGUUCAUGUCGAGAGCUCAAAAUCCGCCAUGAAAGAGCUUAAACUAGUCCUGAAAUCUGUCUCAGUAAAUCAAGCAGAUUUCCUGGCCAUGAUACCAACUGCAACCGUUGCAUCGAUACUAGUCGAGACAGUCAAGGCUGUAGAGAAGCUAACUGAAUCAGUUCAUGAACUUGCUAGUCUUGCCAGCUUCAAAAGCUUGAAGACAGCUACAGUGUCUCCAGAGAAACAGGCACCACAAUUGCUCCACCGUGGAAGUAUAAAGCCGGUUUUGGAUGGCGUUGAUAGGGAUCAUGUUGUAAUAACUGUACUUGAAUGUCCCGCAGAAACUGAGAAGCCUCAGCCAGUAAAUGGUGAAGGUGUAAAACGUUCAGAAGUGAAUAUUUCUUGUAAACAAAUUCUGUCUGCUGAUUCCUUUUUUAGUCGGUGUAGGACAAGGGUUUAAGGCAGGAAAAGUGAAAAGUAUUGUUUUGCCCUUAUCUUGCCAAUGUUUGGUGGUGGUGGCUACUGUUAACCUGUAUUUAACACUUUAUGGAGAAAAGCUCUCAUAAGCUUUCAAAAGGUUUUUUGAAAGAAACAAAUAUAAGUGCUCUUGUCACAUAUGCUCUUUUUACCUUCUUGAUGAUGGAGCACUAGAAAGCUAAAUUUCACAGCAUAAACCUCAGAUCACAUACAAUAAACAAAGAAAGAAAGAAAGAAAGAAAGACAAGUUUAAUCCUAAAGUGGACUAUGAUCCAAAGCAAAUCCCAUUCUCGGGAUAUCUUUCUUCACCAACCAUAAGCUUGUUUCUACCCUACACAAAGUUCUUGGAACUUCUUCAACUAUUGCAUGGUGUUGAAGUUUGAGGGUUUUAAAUUAUCAAUCAUGGUUUAAUGACUGCAUUAUAAAAUAAGGAUUGAGCAUUAAAACAAUGCAAAUUAAGAAGGUUAUCAAGAAGGACCAUGUAGCAGAACGUACAAGUUGGAUCCAAGCUGAAAUCUAAUUAGUAGGUUGGUUUGAUAUAGCCAAUCCAAUACUCAAAUGAAUAACCCCUUGGCUCCACCACUUAAACGCAUGUGUAUGUUGGACUAAAAACACAAGAAUCUUCAAAAGUAGAUUGACCAUCUUGAGACUUCGAUCACUAAAAGCAAAGAUCCCUUCAAGAACUCGAGUAAUUUGCUAACUUCUAUUAACUCUCUCACUGUAGAAGGGAAUCUUAAGUAAAGUGCAGAAUCCAAGUACUCCAAGCAACAUUGUAAAAAGGGUUCCACACCGGUUUUACCAUUUCAUCUGGGGUUUUUUACCAGGGAGUUGGCAUUUAACCUUUUCAAGCCCACUUGUACCAUAACUAUGAAGAGGUAGAUGCUGCUAGAGCAAGGGAAUUACCUAUGCCCCGUCUCAACUUAGAUUAAGGCUUACUUUUACAAACAGUGGAUCUGCAGGAAGGCACCACAAAGUAAAGAGAAGCACCCAAAAGUGUCAAAAAUGGAAAUUGAAACCCGGGUCUCAGAGUUGUAAAAGGUGGGAAACUAAGAAGGGGAAUUCCAGAGCUAGUUGUUUCCCACUUAAGUGGCUGUCAAUCUUCCCUCUUCUCUAAAAGAAUGCAAGUUACAAAAGUAAAUGUACAAACCUAGUAUUGGAGCCCAUAAUGUUCCUUCCUAUAACCACAAUCAUGGUUACAACCCAUCAGAGCAACUUCAUAAAAGGAACAUUUCAUUCCAUCCUCGCAAACUCUAGGUAUGUUGAAGGCUAGGCAAGUAUUACCAUGCUAUGAAGGACAAACAUAAGGGGAAUUCACUAUAAAUGGAAACUGCAUCAGAAAAAGGGAACCUUCUUCCUACCCAUUGCAGCUUGAGAUGUUCCCACUAGAAAAGCGCGUGCCUUGUAGAAGUUAUUGGCUUUUUCAUUUAAAAAAUGAAGAGAUUCUCUAAUGAGCAAAAGAUAAGCAAAAUAAAGUAUAUCGAUAUAAGUAGUAGUCCAUUUAUGAUAAGUGAGUGAGUUGCUACAGCAGCAGCAGCUAACCUCAACCUCUCAUCACCAUCUUAACAUGAUCUCUUAGUCGGUCAACAACCUACUUUCGUUCCCUUUUCUUUGUACAAUUUGUUUAUACAUUUCCCUUGAAAAAUGAAGGACAUGAAACACAACAGAGUUUCAUUGCACCACCACUAAUGGCCAGGCUUGGUCCUGUGUACCAUAAGGUAAAAAGAAAAUCAAGAAAAUGGAGAAGGAAUAUAGCACAUUCUAGUACAUGGUUGUCUGUUGAUGAAAUGAUGAACAAUCAGAAAGAAUUAAACUUGUCAAACAUGAGGAUUAAACAAACAUUAAAAGGAAAGGAGGGAAAAGAAGAGAACAUUCCUGUGCCAGAUUCCCACUACGGUUUGUGGAUCCCCGGUAAAAAAAAAGGAACCCUAAUGGCCCGAGCUAGUCAGCAAUGACUGCAAUCCCCAUUAAGUGAAAAGGGUUUCUGAAUUGAAAGCUAGUGAAGUGUCAGAAAUUGAAGUCAUGGGCCUUCUGUUAAUUGGGAUUGUUGUUUUUACCUGUGAUUUUUUUGUCAGAUGAAAACUGGGGAUCACAUGAGAGUGAAUCACGCCUGCCAAGAAACUAUUCUUCAGAGUUGGGGAAUUACUGUACAGUAGUAGUAAUGUGAAUCCCAGUUGCAAUUGCAACAUGAGGAAGUAGAGUGAUGCCACGCCAUUCCAAUUUGGCGAGCUCCUAUUUUUGUUUUCUUCCCUGAAAUGGAAGUCACAUGAGCAACACUACUAACUCGCUGAUCGUUCGAAUCCCACGCCUCUUUCCCGCAGAUGAAGCGUCGUCGUGGAAUUGUCGAAGAAACGUUGUUCUAGUACUAAUAAACCACUAAUCCGAACGUAAAUAUUCAGUUGGUAAGGCCAGGGUUUCGCCUCCCAUGGAACGCUGUUAGGCGACUCGGAUUAUUUGGUUUGCUUGUAGCAGAAGUUCAUAUAAGUAUUAAGUAUAUAAUCUCUUUACCUUCACAUUUCUCGCAUUCUACAACACAACUUUGAGUAAUCAAACAUCUCAUUUUUCUUUUGAGAAAUAUUCAAAAAAGAAACAACAAUUCGAAGAAACAUUUCGCCUUGUCUAAAACCCAACCAGUCAUACUCAUAUCACAACAAUAACUAGAUGCAAAAAUUAUAGGACACAAAUUCUAACAAAGAUAAGGAAUGACUUUACUCUAUUGGCAGUCCAAUUGACAACUCGAGGAAUCUCACUAAAACUCUACAGCGUGGGGUAUGGUCGAGAUUAGCUUGAAACCAUCACGCAGCACGAGUCCACCUAGAACUAUACUAGAGCUUAUGAAUAACAACAUAUGAGUUGCCUUCUACCACCACUCUUGCAAUCUGACGGGAUAUCGCAUUUAAAAUGGCGUCACGAGCUGGAAGAAGCUCCACAAUAUAUGGGUCUGAAAUUCCAUAGUGGAUGAACCUGAAGCCAAAAGAGUGGAACCGCUAGAAUUUUGAAUAACAACUCCAAAAGAUGAAGGAUCAUGUUGAACUGGCGCAUUAAAGUUAAUCUUUGACACCAACCAGACCGUUGGGGAGAUGAGAGAUGAGCAACAUGAGGAGGGAGAGGAUCGAAGAAGGAAAUUCUCAGACUUGAAAGUUAAACUGAGAAGAGAGGACCCGGACCUGAGGUUGGUAGCAUUCAAAGACCCAGUGUUCUGAUAUUUUCAAAUCCUCCAAAAAAACACAUUGGAGAACUUGGAAUUGCGAUCAGAUCAAAUGAAACAACGUCACUAGAGGCUAAGAGUGGAUUUUGGGGCUGAUCAUACUAGCUCUUCCAUCCCACUAAUGACCAAAGUUUGAUCGCUAGGGGACAUCUAAGAAAAGAUGUUCAAUGCU